AUGUCCGGGGCAAAAGAAACUAACGGACACUUCCCAGAACCAACGAAGAACGUUAUCGAUGUAAAUGAUCAUGAGAGUUUGAAAAGGCUUAACAUGUAUGCCUGCACUUCUGUUAUUGUUGCCACCGUUAUCUCAAUUAUUCAUGGCUAUGUCACUAGUGUCAUGUCCGGAGCUCUACUAUUCAUAAAGGAGGAGCUUAAAAUCAAUGAUCAACAGGUACAGCUCCUGGCAGGCAUCUUAAACGCCUUUGCCCUCCCUGGAUCCAUGGUCGCCGGCAGAAUCUCCGACGUCAUCGGUCGGCGCUACACAAUCAUGGCAGCUUCCCUCAUCUUCAUGUCCGGCUCCAUCCUGAUGGGCUACGGCCCUUCAUACCCAAUCCUAAUGAUCGGAAGAUGCACUUCAGGAAUUGGGGCGGGCUUUGCAUUGGUCAUAGCACCUGUUUACUGCUCAGAGAUCUCACCUCCUUCUUCCAGAGGCUUUCUGACGUCAUUCCCAAGCUUGUUCAUAAACGUGGGAAUCUUGCUUGGCUACGUCUCAAACUACUUUUUCGGAAAGAUGAGCCUCCUGCUCGGAUGGAGGAUGAUGCUCGGCGUUGCAGCACUCCCUUCCCUUGCCCUAGCCCUUAUCAUGUUAACAAUGGUGGAGUCUCCGAGGUGGCUGGUCAUGCAAGGUCGUGUGGGUGAGGCCAGAAGGGUUCUUUUACUUGUCUCAAACUCUCACCAUGAAGCCGAAAAGCGCUUGCGGGACAUCAAGAUCGCCGUUGGUAUCGAUGAAAAUUCCAACCAAGACGUUGUCACGGUGCCAAAGAAGACCAUGAGUGGAGGAGGAGCUUUGAAAGAACUGUUUUGUAAGCCUUCACCUUCAGUACGAAGAAUUCUAAUGGCAGGCAUAGCACUCCACGCGUUCCAGCGUCUUUGUGGAAAUGAUGCCAUGCUGUUAUACAGUCCCAGGGUCUUCGGGAAAGCAGGAAUCUCCAGCACGAGCAAGCUCCUUCUAGCCACACUUGGAAUCGGAAUCAUCAAAGUUAUAUGUACAUUCAUUUCUGGGACCUUGCUGGACAGAGCAGGGAGGAGGGUUAUGCUGCUGAUCAGCGCAGGGGGUAUGGUGGUCAGCUUGGUAGGAUUGAGUGUUUGCUUGACAAUCGUGGGACAUUCUAAAGACAAGUUAUUAUGGCCAGUAAGUUUAGUUAUCGUCUCCGUUUAUGCCUUUGUAGGUUUCGCGGCUCUUGGAAUGGGGCCUGCGACGUGGGUUUAUAGCUCCGAGAUAUUCCCUUUGAGGCUUAGAGCUCAAGGGAUUGGAAUCUGUGUGCUUGUGAACAGAAUCGCGGGUGUGACAGUGAUUAUGAGUUUUAUAACAAUUUAUAAGAACAUAACCAUGAGUGGGACUUUCUUCAUGUUUACUGGUAUCACCGUGUUAGCUUGGUUGUUCUACUAUUUCUUCUUGCCUGAGACGAAAGGAAGAUCUCUAGAAGACAUGGAGAUCAUCUUUGGUGGACGUUGCACGCCGGAGGUCCAGAUGGAUAAAGCAGAAAGUAAUACUACUGACCCAUAG